AUGGCGGCCAAGAUACUUAUUACAGGAACCUCUGGCCUGGUCGGGUUUCGAAUCCUUGUGUCAGCUCUCUUGGCUGGUCAUUCAGUGGUCGCUACCGUACGCUCUGAAGAAAAGGCGAGCUUGAUCAGAAACAAUCCGUCUAUCCAGAAACUCAGCAUGGGACAUCGACUCAUUAUAGCUGUCAUUCCUGAUAUGGCCACCGAUGGCGCCUUCGACUCCGUUCUGGAAGGAGUUUCUCAUAUCAUUCAUACGGGCUCACCUGUGCCAUUCCCUGAAUAUGAGCCUUGGUCUCAAGUUUACGAGCCGACAAUAUCAAUAUCCUCAUCUUUGCUGUUUUCAGCACUGAAGACGCCUACUGUUCGACGGGUGGUUAUCACCUCCUCGAUUGUUACCAACCUCGGCCUCAAUCCAUCCACGACCGUUGCCGUUUCCUCCUCGACUCGCAUCUCCCCAUUAGACCCUGUUCCUGCAUCGUUUGCGAACCCCAUGGAGGCAUACGUCCUGGCCAAGAUAGCUGAAAUACACAACACGGAGUUAUUCAUCAAGACACAGAAACCGCAUUUUAGUCUUUCUUAUAUCAUGCCUGGACACGUCUUCGGCAGGAACGAGCUGAUUACAACAGCGGAUAUGAUGUUCGGACAGAACAGCUCCAACAACUUCCUGAUGCCGGGAAUGGUUGGCGGGGAGCUUCCCUUCCCCAUCCACGGCGCAUUUGUCCACAUCGAUGACUUGGCUGACAUACAUUUGCGUGUGGCGAUGAUGGAUUCCAGUUCUCCACGAGACUUUGGUAUUGCGCGCACCGUGGACUAUUCGACGAUAUUUGAUCACGUGGAAAAAGCUUUCCCUGAGGCUGUAGCGGCGGGUGUUCUCAAGAGAGGUGUAGUGCCGGUUCUACCUGUGAAAUAUUCCUCAACCGAGAUGGAGGAGCUGCUGGGCAGGGAGUUGAAGAGCUUCGAGGAGGCAGUAGUUGACGUUGCUGGCCAGUAUUUGGAGAAUUUAGGUCGGAACAAGGCUUGA